AUGCCUGAUUCUAAUUAUAAAUCACAAACACAUGUUCCUGACGCAGUUAACGAAGACGUGAGUCUCCCGAGUGCCCCCAGUAUUAAUCAAUUUCCCACAAGCGCGAGUGUCGAAGUCGGCACUAAUCAAGACAUCGCAGCCGAACAUCAAACAUACCGCUGUUUGUUCCGCAACGAACUUGUGAAGCGCGGAGUUGAAAUCUCUUUCUUUUGCCACUUUAUGUACGUAGAACGUACGCUGAAUCAAAUCAAAUCGUCUUUGAUUUACUCAUUACGUCUAUUUAAUGUCAGAAACUGGUUGCUCUCCUUCUCUUUACAGCAU